AAGACUGAAUUGAUUAAAUCGAUUGAAAAAGAUGUUUCAGCUUUAGAAAUGAAUGAACAAGUGAAAUUAAAUGAAAUUACAAGUGGAUUAUUGAGUAAUGAUGAAAACGUCAAGGGUUUAGAAAAAGAAGAGAAUCCAAAGUUGACGGAAGAAAAAGUAGGAGAAUGGUCAAUGGAUGAUAUUAUUAUAAACAAUCAUGAGAUGAAUUUAACAAAGGAUUCGAAUCAAGUGAUGGAUCAAGGAGAGUUGAGAAAUGAUGAAGUGAUGGAGAAUUUAGAGGAAUUGAUUAAUCAUCAGAUUCGGAAUACUUCAUUGGUGAAGAAUUCGUCAAGAUGAAGAAAAGAAGCUUGAUUGAGGAUUUCUUUUUUUAUAUAAAAAUAUUAGAAUUUGGUUUAAACAAAUCAAGUUUAAAUAAAUUUGAUAGAGUUGAAUGGAAUUUGAUUUGAAUCAACAAAUUGAUGUCUUUUUGACUUUGAAGGAUAUAUAUAUUUCAUUAUAAGAUAUUAAAAAAUUAUAUUUGUGUGUGUUUGUUUGUUUUUUUCUUUGUUUUUCUUUCUUAGUUUCCAAGUGUGUGAAUGUAAGGUUUCUACUUUUUUGUUCUAGAAAAAAUAAAAAUAAAAAUUGGGUUUUGUUUGUGAUUUUU